AUGUCUGCCAUGGCGCCUCCGGCCAAGAGGAAAUUUCAUUCGAGCCUGGAUUCCGAGCCUCCUCAAUUUGUGGCAUAUGAAGAUUAUCUUGCAUUGCACAAGCACGUAAUUGUCCUAACCGACAUUAUCCAGCAAAUCCGAGAUGGACUAAUUGAAGAAGGAUCCACCAAACUUGGUAAGACAAUUGCGAAUACUUGCCAGACCGCUCCCGACCCGCCCCAACUUGGACCUCCUGUCUCAGCUCCUGCUGAAGUAUUUGUCGAUGCCGUCUCUACCCCCGCUCCCUCUUCCUCUACCAAAUCGUUCGCCAAUGCUGUCCUAUCUUCCAUGACUACCUCUGCUGAGCGCACUUCAACUCCAGUCGACCCUACUGAAAUCGCUAAGCAGGCCUAUCAACUCCUGGAAAAGUCUACUAGAGCUGUGAUCGAACGUGCCCCUGAUGAUAAAUCCCCAAAUCAAGACCGAAAAGACUCUGAACUCAUUGCCGCCAUCGCUAACAAGCACUCGCUUCCAAUCCCAUCACAGGUGUAUCGUCAUGUUUGCUCUUCCCGUUUCCGUCCUCUCAAAUUGCAGUUCUCAUCCAAAUCCGAACGUGACACCUUCCUCAAAGGAUUCAAUAAGAUCAAGAACGAUGAGCCACUCCUGAACACCAUCGAGCCCAAACUCCGAGCCCGCCGUGACCUGACCCGAUCUGAACUCGAAACCCUUCGUGCAUCCAGAAAGUUCGUAUACGAUGAGAACCUGAAGGCGAAGACCACCAAAUACAUCAUGCAAGAUAUCCACUACAAGCUCAAUGAUAAGCCACGUCCUUUUGUGUAA